UAGAACCAGAUUUAGUGCUGGAAUUGACGUCUUGGAUUUUGUGCUCCAACAAUACAAUUCAGAUAAGGAAUACAUCAAAUAUUAUUUUUGAGUAAUUUCCAGGAAACAAAAUGUGGGGAGGUUUCGCUACUUUCUAUUUAAAUGCGAUCGCAUCUAGUUUACUUUCUAUUUCGGUCACGAAUUUAAAACUACUUCCGAGCAAUGAACUCGGACGUCGAUCUUGGGCAAUGUGUAAACAAAACUUUCCCCUCAACGAAACUUACUGUGAAGAAUUUGAAAUUCAAGUUAACCUCGCCUUGGGGCAAUUAUCCGAUUCCGUGUCCACCAUGAAAAACAAUCUGGACUACGUGAUGAAUGGCAGAUCUCUUGUUGGUGGCUUCAAUCCUCCAAAUCCUGACAGCGUCCAGAAAGAAAUUAAUGCCCUUAAAAAAGAAAUUGAUGACCUGGAAAAGAAAAUAGCACAAAUUGACCCUACCGGCGAUGUCGACAAAGUUGAAGCUGAAAUGGCACUUGUGCAGGAUGAAAUUUCUCAACUUACGACAAAAAUGGACAAUUUGAUUCAAGCUGCCGAAGGUACAUUCAAGACCGAGAUAAAAAUGUUACUCUCCUCCAUUCAGACCAUUACUGCAUCCGCCUACAAGCUAAAAAUGACCGUGGCCAAUUUAGAAAAGGACCUCGAGGAUUACAAGAUUACCAACAUUAUGCACGAAAUCGUCCGUGGUCCGGACAGCGGAACUGCGUACCUUUUUGAGCAGGGAUCCUUCAAGGCUAAGAGGAGCACGGUGAUGUCUUCAAUCAUAUCACUUGCCUACGUCGAAGUCCUUAAGGACAAUACCUUUAUCCUGAAAAUAAUGAAAUUUCUCGGUUUGUUGGAAGAAAUACAUAAAUUUGACGGAUGCAGAAACCUUUACCAUUCGAUCGUCCUUAACAACCACUUAUACAACAAACCCCAACCUUUCCUUGUGGCCGAUAUGUUAUCAUACAUUUUGCUAAUGGAUGACGGUGAAGCUGCCAAUAAAGCAUCGGAAUUUCUUAACAAUGUCGUUUCCCCCAUCUUAGGAGCAAUAGCUUCAAUUGAAAACGUCGACUAUAACCCAAUGUGUUAUGUGCUCGUGGAUAGUAGUAAUGAUAUUCCUUGCACUGUUGUGGCCCAAGAUGUCGGCUACGCAUUUUUGGAUCCGGACAAGGACAAUGGAAAUUUUCCUUUCGAAUUUGACUCCAACUACGAUGACCCCUACUCGAUCGGAGAUGAGUGUGCAGUUGCUGCGGGAUAUUCCGCUACCCACGAUCCACAGUCCAAAGCUCAUUUUUGCUUCAAAUUACUGCCCGGUGGUCGGCUCGAUAGACGAUAUAUUUUGGACUCGGACUAUGUCCCGCCAGCUGAUUGGAAUAAUGCCGACUCAGGUUUUGGUGUUGUAAAAUGCUCUCUGAUCACGAAGCCGCAAACUUUGACGCAAAACGGGUACUGGUUCAUAUACGGGGAAGUUAUGUUCUGCACGUCGGAUCCACAAGGCGAUUGAAGCAGAAGCAAAGAUAUUUCACUUCUAAUAAUUAUUACCUUGGAUACGUGCCCGUAAAAUUGCUUGGAUUUUCUACGUCUUAUUUAAAAUUAAAAUUUUUAAUUAAAAUUUAAAAUUAGCAGAAAAUGAUUUGUGUUUAGUUUACGAAAUAAUCACUCAUCCUCAGAUAUAUGCAAUAACUUACUAACUUAAUUCGCAUACUUAUACCUUCAUAAAUGUAUAUACAUAAUGUGCAUUUACAAAAUUAAUUUAUAACAUAUUUAACUGAUUUACUAACAAACCUGUCAAACUUUGAAAAUCGAAAACAUAAAAUUUCAUAAAUCGUCACACCUAUCUAAUAUUCCUCAUCCUCAUAGAUAUAUAAGUUGGUUUCUAUUGAAUAAAAACGUUCAAGAAUUGGCUUCUUCGCAAUA